UUUAUGAAUAUGUAAAUAGAACAGGAAGCUACGUUUUAUGACUAAAUAGCAAUAAACCUGUUGAUAAAGUUGUCACUUCCUUGAGGACAUCAAGGACCAUCUCCUUCAGCCAUCUUUAUACUUAUUGCAAUAUUCUGGGCGUGUAAACAUUAAGAUGUCGUUUGGAAAGUCAUUUGGUCCUACAGGGACACCAGCUGUUAUUAUUGACUGUGGAACAGGGUACACCAAGAUGGGGUAUGCCGGUAACACAGAACCACAGUUCAUUGUGCCAUCAGCCAUUGCUGUAAAAGAAUCGGCAUCAGUAGGAGAUAAAGCUAUACAACGACUUGGUAAAGGGGUGGAGGACCUCGAUUUCUUUAUUGGCGAUGAAGCUUUGAGUGCAACAUCAUACAGUGUAAAGUGGCCAGUUAGACAUGGUAUUAUUGAAGACUGGGAUUUAAUGGAGAGAUAUAUGGAACAAGUGAUAUUUAAAUACCUCAGAGCAGAACCAGAGGAUCAUUACUUUUUACUGACAGAACCUCCACUUAACACACCAGAAAAUAGAGAAUACACAGCUGAAAUAAUGUUUGAGUCAUUCAAUGUACCGGGAUUGUAUAUUGCUGUACAGGCUGUGUUAGCAUUGGCUGCCUCAUGGACCUCACGACAAGUAGGGGAGAGAACUCUAACAGGAACAGUGAUAGAUUCUGGGGAUGGUGUUACCCAUGUUAUUCCAGUAGCUGAAGGAUAUGUGAUAGGUAGUUGUAUAAAACACAUUCCCAUUGCUGGGAGAGAUAUUACAUAUUUUAUUCAGCAGUUAUUACGAGAAAGAGAAGUUGGCAUUCCACCAGAACAAUCAUUAGAAACAGCAAAAGCAAUAAAAGAAAGAUAUUCCUAUGUGUGUCCAGACAUAGCUAAAGAAUUUGCCAAAUAUGAUGCUGAUCCAUCUAAAUGGAUGAAGAGAUUUGAAGGCAUGAAUAGUAUAACAAGACAACAGUUUGCUGUAGAUGUAGGCUAUGAAAGAUUCCUUGGGCCAGAAAUUUUCUUCCAUCCAGAGUUUUCAAAUCCAGACUUUAUAACACCUAUCUCAGAAGUUGUAGAUACAGUUAUACAAAAUUGUCCUAUAGAUGUCCGGAGAGGUCUUUAUAAGAAUGUUGUCCUAUCUGGAGGAUCAACGAUGUUUAAAGAUUUUGGUAGAAAAAUGCAGCGUGAUGUGAAGAGAGUCGUAGACGCAAGAUUAAAAGUUAGCGAAGAAUUGAGUCAAGGAAGAAUUAAGCCAAAACCAAUAGAUGUACAAGUGAUCACACAUCAUAUGCAGAGAUAUGCCGUAUGGUUUGGUGGUAGUAUGCUGGCGUCUACACCUGAAUUUUACAAAGUGUGUCACACAAAAGCUGACUAUGAUGAGUAUGGACCAAGCAUUUGUAGACAUAACCCAGUGUUUGGUACAAUGGCAUAACAUACAAACAAAAUACUAGGACUAUUUUAAAAUUGGACUGUAAUUGGAAGAAACUUUUGUUGGAGACUUUAUUCAAAAUAAGUAUAAAAAACAUUGCUAGACCUUUGGACAUUCUGCUUCAUGGAACACAUUAUACCAACCAGUAGGACUUAUUUCAAAGUGGUUACAAUUGAGCAAAUGUGAUAUCAUUCAACAUUAUAGAAAUGUUAUGACCAACAUUGAAGUGUAACAUAUUCAGAUUGGGGGAAUAUAUAAAUAUAUACAUGUAUAUGUAAAGCUCCUUCAUUGUGAUUUGGGAAUUAAAAUGAUGUAAAUUGAUGUAAGAUAUUUUUCAAACAAAUUUGAUGUAUAUCUGGUAUUAUCGCUAUUUUGUGCAUUUUUCCUUUGAUCUUUUUUUGUGAUAAUUUUCAUAUCAUGCUUCUCGCUUGAUAUGGACAAAUUAUUGCUAGAAACUAAGGAGCCACGUGGCGUUGCUAACAAAAUUGACAUUGAAAUUGACAACGUCAUCACAGGUAAAAUAGCGAUAAACAGAUUAUCAUUGGUCAUCUCAACUCGAUUGCUUUUCUCACUUUUGCUGUACCAGCUCAAGCGAGAAAAUAAAUCUCGUUGAGAUAAUCAACGAUAAUCUAUAAUUACUGCAUUAAAAUAUCAGACUUCAAUCGGAUAAACAAAAAAAUAAUUUAAAAACAUUGUUAUUGUUUUUUCUUUCUAUUUUUUUGAAAAUUUAUACUUCAAUAUUGUUGAUAUGGGCAAAAAGGAUUUAGAAGGAAUUAAAAAUGAUUUUAUAUGUCUCUAUAGCAAGAGAACAAAUUUGAUUGGUGCAGAUUAUGACAUUGUGCUUUCUUUAUUUUUACAACCAUGAAUUGUUCAGUGUAUUGUGGAUUCUUUUAUUAUCAAGGGGUACCUGUUAUCAUGGCCUGAUGAAAACAAAUGUUUAAAUGGUUCGUAAAUCCUUUUUUUUUUCAAACAAAAAACCAAUGACAUGAAUAUUCAUCAACCUGACAUGAAUAUUCAUUAAACUGACAGUGGUAGAUCCAGAAAUUUUCAUAAGUGGGGGCCCGCUGCUCCAUUCAUGCUUCAGUGAUUCCCUAUAUACAUGUAAGCAACCAAAUUUUUUCCCAAAAAGGGUACCCCCCUAAAUCCGCCUCUGUCUGAUAUGAAUAUUCAUGAAUCUACCAUAUUGCCUAGUUAUUAAAAUUAAAGCAAAGAGGUAUCUAAUGGAAGGUAGAGCCUUAACGUUUUUGGUGCCUCUCUUUUUUUCCAUGAAUGUUUGAUAGUGUGUGACAGGAAUGAAUGAUUUUUGUCAUGUUUGUUUUUAUGCAAGAGGUCAAAGGUUAAUAAAUAUAUUUACAAUCUGAUCAUUUUUUUCAUGAAAGUUUUUGUAGGAAAAAUAUAACUGGAGAAAUGGAAGAUCAUGAUUCAAAAUGUUUUUGAACAAAUAUGAAGAAGUUGCCAUUGAUAUUUUUCAUAGAAUGUGAUUUAUAUAAAAAUUAUGUCUUUUUCUGUUGAUAUUUUUACACUAUAAAUGAACAUUUUGAUAUUUUUAUUGAAAUGGAUUGAGGAAACCAGUGUAAAACCAGUCAAUCAAAGCCUCUCUAUGACAUCAGUGAUUUAAUGAAUUUUAAUGUACAUGUACAAAUGAUGUACUUUACAUAUAAAUGGAAAUUAAAUUCUGGCGCCAAUAUGUACUGUAUAACAUUGUGAUCAUAACUCUUUGUAUUUAUUUCUGUAUAAACUGUGAUUUAUAAGAAAUUAUCCUUUAAAUUGAUUAGCAUAUAACUCUGAACUCUCUCAUUAGCAUAUUUCUCCGAACUCUCUGAUUAAUAUUGUCAAGUUAUUAAAUACAAAAUGUGAUUGAUGAAAAAUAUUUUUCAAUUUAGACUAAACUGUAGUAUGUAUAGAGCUUACAGCCCUGGUGCUAUUUAAAAGAAGAUAGAAUAUAUGUGCAGUGUUUGAAUGCUUCAUGCAUAGAAGGGUUUUAUUACAAGACUUGCUUUGUAAAAUUCUGAUAAUACUUAAAUACUGGUACCAUACAACACAAAGAUAACUUACUGUUCUCUAAAUUACUCUUUCAAGGAGUUAACAUGCAGUGACCUAUUUUCAUAUUACCGACUUUUGACUCAAGAGUUUAUUCUUUCGACAGGAUACCUAUUCUUUGGUAAGACAUCUAGUACCCGGUUAAGUAAGAGCAACCAAAAGACGAAAAAUCAAGCAUUCAAUCAGUAUGAUUUUGGAAGGAAUGAAUUAUUCAAUAUUUUCUAUAUUCAUUCAAAAUAAUUAAAAAAAAACAGUAAACUUUCCCCCCAAAUGCAACGAAUAUAUAUUUGAUUUUACUUCUUUUGGGUACUGUUACCUGACCGUAUUUAAAACCAGUGUAAGAUUAAAGAACCACGAAAGAAAGCAUUUAAUUUUAGAAAUUCUACUCUACUCAUGUACGCAGCCAAAGUAAAGUGUAUAUUGUUUAUGGAUUGUAAAACUCAAAUACAUAUUAUGUACCAACAGAACAAAUGUUUGCUUGUUAUUUAAGAGGAGUCAGAAUUAUGCAAUUUUAUAUAUAAAAAAAUAAUUGUAAAAAUGAAAUUAUGAUGUAAUUAUAUUAAACUUUUUAAUUAAAAUCAUAAAAUAUUUAUAAA